UCCGCAGCUGUGAAGCAGGCAGGCCGGCCGUAGACCCGUGUUCUUGUGUGGUUUGCAGAACUCAGUUGGAGUUGCAUCUGACCCUGUGUGACUGGGGAGCGAGUUCGUUCUCAAAAGACCUACACUUUUUGCUACUGGAAGACUUGAAAGUAAGGCCCUGUAUGAAAAACCGUAUUUCCCCGGCUUGAACCCUCCUGAUUGCUAAAGUGAGCGAUUAGAGGUACAUUUUUAGUUACUUGUAGUUGUGUGCAGGAGUUGAACUCAAGUAAAAUUACAGAACCUACUAGUAGUUGAAGACGGUGGCAGGGUGGCUGUUUGAAGCAACACCCCUCGAAAUAGACUGACGAUAUUCAGUGCCAUGACCAUGUGGGAUUCAAUUGUGCACGUUUGAGGAGACCGGACUAUCGUAGAUCCGUCACAGUCGCAUGCAUAGUUGACACUCGGCUUGUUACUCUGCCAUGGCCAGCAGCAGUAGCAGCAGCAAGCAAGCAUCAGUAGCAUCAGUGGGCUUAUGCCCACCCUCUGUACAAGCGGACCAUGUGCCAUUUGCUCAGCGGCUCAAUGAGGAUGUAAACGGUUUAGCACCUCCGCCUCCUCCACCUCCCCCGGUAUGCGCCGCCGCUCCAGGCACACCUGCGCCCUCCCAGCCACCAGUCUAUCCUGGCUCUCUUCCACUGGCGUCUCCACCACCACCACCACCACCACCUACUCCAGCGCAGCCCGUGGUGUCACCUCCAGCAUUUCUGGCUCAGCCACAUCGGCAGCAGCAGCAGCAGCAGCGCCCACCGGUACUGGGUAAUGGCAUAAUGGGUUCUCCUCCUCCAGCAAUGUCGCCUGCCGAGCUGAUUGCUGCGGCUUCAUCAGGGAGUUUGCCACAGGCAGCUUUGCAGGCCAGUCUCCUAACGGCACUGAGUGAUAUCACCGCACGGCAACAGAUCGUCAAUCAGCAGCUGGCUGCUAAGGUCAUACACUCAAAGCAGCAGAUGAUCGCGGCAACUCUUGUCAACCUUGUGGUGCAGAAUUCCCAGUACCUGCAGACUGGCCUAUUACCACCGGCUGUGCUGCAGAAGCUGCAGCAGCAGCAGGCAGCGUAUCGGCAACAACUGCGGUUGGAUGGUUUAGACAGUACCAGUCCUCGCUUGCCUGGCCUAAGCUCAGUGUCAAGCACCAGCAGUUCUGGCAUCUCUUCAGCCGACGAUUAUCUCCUGGACAGUAGCACUCAGCCAUUCUCGCCAGAUGGAAGCGAUUCUUCAACAUCGUCUCUGAUGCACGACGCUCAGUUUUCUUUUCGGCCAUGCGCAUCUGACACGAGCACACCUGGUGAUACGUCCUUAGUUACACCGCCCUGCAGAGCUCGUCGCAAUCGCUUUCAUUCUGGACCGAAGUCACCAUGCCAAACGUCCGAUCACGGCAGCAGCGACUUUUCUCGAUGUAGCUCCAGCCACUCUUCCAGGGAUUCUCGGACUCGUGCUCGCAUGCGGACCUCGUCAGAAGCUCUUGACCAUUGUUCGCCAGUAGUGUCACAGCAGUCGGUGGGGAUGUUGGGGUCUGACUCUGAGAAUCCCAUUGAACAAGUACAUGUCCAGCAAACAGACUUGAGUAGUACAAAAUUGCCCUGUUACUCCGAGAAGCAUCCAGCGCAUGUGCCUCCUACUGCUCAAGCUAAUUGUGCAGUACUACCGGAUAGAUCUGUUGACCAUAUUGCGCAACAUUCCGAGCCAAGUGCAGUCGACCCUGCUGUGGCUGCCAAGCAUUUCGUGCCAGUUCCUGAGCAAUGCCCUUCGUCAUCUGAUGCUUGUGCAUAUGCCAAACCAGCCAUGGCUGCGUGCAAGCAAAGAGGUACCUCUGCUACUGCAGUGUUGUGUGCGGAACCAUUCGUGCCGGUUUCCUUGCCGCUGGUGUCAGCCUCUGGUGGUAGAGCAGCCGUCCCCACCGCACAGCCUUCUUUCGCUCAGUCCAUGCCCGAGAGCACUGUAGCCGACGCUGCACCUUGUGCUAAGCCCGAAGUGCCGCACUCCAUUCUGCCUUCUGCAGCGCUGUCACCUCCGCCGCCGCCUCCUGACACUGCACCAGUUGAGGACAAGCCGCUCGAUGCCAAACCAUUUGUGCCGUUUUCGACGAAGAGCGUUUGUGUGUCGUCUGGUGUUUGUACAACCACGGCUGUAUCAGCAAGUAAGACGGACAAGGAGGGAUCAGUUACUCAGUCUAUUGAAUCUCCGGUAGUCUUGCGGAGCAUCCCGGCAACUAACGCCGGCGCCGUUCGAACGGUUCCGACCUAUGAUUGGCACCGGCCAGUUCCUCCAGCAACUAGCCCUAACCCUCGGUGCACUCCGAGUGUUGCAACUCCCGAGGCAGAGACAUGUUCAGAAGGACGAACUGCGAAUGUCAACAACCUCAAUGAAAUGCCCAGCCAGCUUGAUUCUCCCCGUAAAAAGUGUAAGAAGGACAUAGCAGCUUCUUCAGCAAGACCAGCCAAGCCAAACUCAGUAAAGCGUUCUGAAGUUGGAAAAAUUGCCAAUUCCAGCAGCCGAGGCGAAGUGACGGACAAACUUCGUUCUCCUAAGGCAAAGCAGGCGAGAGGAUCAUCAACAACGAAUACAAGCACAUUGAAGACACCACCCAGGACAUACUCUGGUAACCUGCCCAAAGCUGGAAAAGCUGACCGUGCCAGCAGGUCCGGAACAGUAUGCCGGCAACAAUCACCUAAUCAGAAACACACCAAGGAAGAAGUCACAACGAAGGCGACUAUGUCGAAUAACUCGAGCCCUGAAAUGUUCGCUUCUGCCAAGAGUACUGACACGGUAUCCAACAGACACAGCUCUGUUGGCACUCCACAUAUACAAGAGCCACCGGCAGCUGUUACAGCAAGGCCACAUACUCCGCCACGUACAGCCUCAACUGGCUUGGCCGAGUCGGUAACAGAAUCUCCACCACUGUCACAAUGCUCCGCGGCGAGAACGCGGACAAGACCCGUUGAUCCUCGCCGCUCUGGUCGCUUGUACUCUGAUUUGUUUGCUGAGGACAGCAAGAGCGAAACGCUGGAUGCGCCCAUACCAGCAUGGGCCAAUGACAAAGCGUGGGUGCAGCCGGCUGAAUUUGACUUUACAACUAUAGAGAUUAGCAGCACAGCAUCAACGCAACCUGAGAGGAAGACAGCCGCUGUACAUUCUUCUCAAUCGGGAGUCAAGUUGAAUUGCCUGGAGGAUUCCUCUACUGACGAUGGUGUGGUGCGUGCUGAUGCAGCCAAUGGUGUUGCCUCUACUGACUUCAAUGCUAGGUUGUGUGGUGAAAUUGAUGCUGGUAGUGUGCCAAUGCAUCUUCAAGGUGAGAAACAGCAGCAUCAUCAACAACAGCAGCAGCAGCAGCAGCAGCAGUGCAGUACUAGCGAUGGUCAUAGCUGUGGUGGCAGUGACGCGGCGUUCUCCACGCUGUCUCUGAUGUCCGUGGAUCUGUCAAUGGAGACAGGAGCAACUGUCGAUGAACGUGCAGAAUCCACUCCGGUAGCAGAGCAAAUGAACGGCCUUGGUUUCGAACUCUCUGGUCAAAAUGCCAAGGAGGCCGUGAAAUGGUCACCUGCUGGGCCAAGCAGCUCCACAGCUCAGCACAAGUGCAAGGCUGAACUGACAUGUAACUCAGGUAACUCAACACAGAGCCAAUCAACGCUUGCUGAGUCAACCCCAUGCCAUUCCAGGAUAUCAUCUCUGAUUACUUCUGGUCAAAGUGCUCUAACCACUGCUGGCUCUCGCAAUGUGUUUGAUCUCUUAGCCACGGGGCAGCUGAGACCGUGCAAUGCGCCUAGUCACAAGCAUGAUACGUCACUUUCAUCAUCUGCACAAUGUAGCGAUGCUACUGAGUCCACCGAGUCAGCCGUGGAGCUGGUUGUUCGAUUUUCUGGCUCCCAUAGGCCAUCUUUCGAUGUUGUCAAUCAAGAGCACUCCAGCGAGGCUAGGAGUGUUGUGCAUGUAGAUGAUGCUGGUGAGGGUGCAGGUGAUGAUAAGGUGGACCGUGAAGUAGCGGCAGCAAUGUCAGGAGCAACAUCUCCUGCCUCGCCCUGCUCCUUGGCAUCUACCCUGUCGUCACCGCCGCUGACUCUGUCGCUCGAGUCCGACUCUGAGGAGUCGGUGGAGAUGCUUGAUCCGGCGUUGGAUGUGUGCUGGAGCGACGACGACGAUGCCUGCACUGCCAUCGCCGCUGUUGCACCUGCUGCUUGUGCUAGUGAUCCAGAGCGCGGUGGUGCCUGUGCUACAUCUGUGUCCUCAUCACCUGAUAUCAUGCUGGCGCUGGACUCGCUGAGCGACUUGAGCCAGUGCUCGCCUGUGCCGGGCCUACGUUUACGCAAUGCACAGCCAACGCCGGUGAACGCUGCGUACACUAGCGAAGCAGUAGAGGCAAUGGAGGAUGUGUGUGACGCCUUGUCGGUCUCCACGUUUCUGCUGCCAAUCGGUGGAGAGGAAGACGACACGUCACCACUACCCAUGGAGUCCAUGCAGGUGGAGCUGAGCAAUGUCAACUGCUCUGUCACCAUGUCACCUGAUAGCAACGAGCCGUGCCAAGGAUCAAGUGACGAGUCGAGCGAAGUCGAUUCCGACGCCCCGUCUGCGCACUCCGCGUGUCCACUGAGCCGAGCUGCUGCUGCUGCAGCGGCAUUGGAGGAUGCUGUCACAAAGAGUGUGGACAGCGUGCCAUGCCACGCCAAUGGUCAGGACCGGCCGGAACAGCACGGCUCUCAGAGCCCCGCCGGCACGUCUCAGCCUGGCUUUGGCGACGACGUUGGUCAGUUGGGGCAGGACAGGGCCUGUGGCACGGGGUCCAGUGCUCGAUAUCCCGCCCAUGGCAUCUCGGAUGCUGGCGACAAAGACACCGUUGCUACGUCGUCAUUGCCAGCAAGUGAACGGCCCAUGCCGUGUACGUGUCGACUGGAGAAGGAGCCAUUGCCGCCGCGCGGCCGCUUCAAGUGCUGUGCUGUUGACGCGCACGGGGACGAUCGGGAGGUGCAGUGCACGGCUCGAGAUGGACCAAAGAGCUUUCGAUACUACCUGAAUCCUCUUACCGGAAUCUGGAGUCUCAUCUGUUUGAAGCAUCAUGAAAGGCUAAGACAGCAUCAUCUCUGUUGUCUCUGCGGCCGUUUCUGUAUUGAGGGCUUCUCUGACGCUUGCAACGCGGAUUCAUCUCAUCGCUUUCACAGGAAAUGUCUGAAUGGCCUUGGUGCAUGUCCGCACUGUACCGCCGACUGGUGCCCUCCGCCAGUAUCUCCUCCAAGACCGGCAGCAGCAGCGGCAACGGCAACUCUUCUACCAAAGUACUUUCCGGUGGCUAUGAAGAGGCCUCUAUCGCCGGAGUUUGACCGCUCAUCAUCCAGUGACAGCGUUGACGGGACUGACCGGCAUGGCAUGCCGCCGCCGCCGCCGUUGCAAUCCCACUGCUCGCCGCAGCACAAGAGACGGAAACAUUUGAUGAAAGUGCAACGGCGAAAGCCUGGGCGAUCUCUGUCGUAUUCUGGUGGAAGUAGUACAGUAGGCUGUGCUGACAUGGGUACGAUCACGCCGCAAGAGGAGAAGCCCAAGCUCAGCUUACUGGAGUGCGGCGGCGGUGACGACUCGGCCUCCUCCGGCAAGCUCUCCUUCUCCAGCUGUGUGUCGUCGCUGGCAGCUUCCGCUAGCUCGGCGCCGCCUGCACAUUCCCGCUCACUGACAUCGUUGCCGGACUUAUCGCCCAGGCUAUCACUGAAGCCCAAGCGUACGUCUCGUAUGAGCAUUCAGUCGGCGGUCACGCCAACAGACAAGUUUAUCGAAGAGAACACGUUGUUGGCGUCCGUUCUGGCCUCGAUGGACACUGCUAGUUGGAGCCGUGGUGUUCGCCAAUCACCUCGGCAGCUAUACCAGGCGGCGUUACGAGGCGAAAUGGAGAAGUGUGUGGCCGCCCUUGUACACGACAUGGACGCAAACUGGUGUAACCCGACCUGCCACAAUCGAACAGCUGUUCACGCUGCAGCAGAGGGUGGUCACUCAGCAAUACUGCUAGCGCUGCAUAAGCACCUUGGAAAAAUGGAUGCGAAGGAUGACAACGGAGUCACUCCUCUGAUAUUGGCAGUGGUCAAUGAUCGGAUCAGUGCUGUGGAGUUGCUCAAGGGCUGCAACGUGGACUUUAACCACCAGGAUAAGGAGGGGAAGUCCUGCUUGCACCAUGCUUGCGAGCAGAAGAAUUUGGGUAUGAUCGAGUGCUUGAUGACAGUUCGCACACUGGACAUCAAUAUGCCGGAUGCCGGCGGCUGGACCCCGUUGAUGUGGUCGGCGGAAUCGGACACUGUCAGCAUAGUGGAGCAGCUUGUGAAGAACGGUGCUCAGGUGGACCGGUGCGACAAGGAACUAAACACGGCACUCCACUGGGCAGCGUUUGGUGGUGCCAAGCACACCGUUUCAUUCCUGGUCCAGGCCGGGGCGGCCAUCAAUGCGCUGACGGUGAAAGGCGACACGCCGCUGCACAUUGCUGCUCGGAACGAUCACGACGACUGUGUGAUACGACUCCUUCGCAAGGCAGAUCAGUUCAUUGCCAAUAACUCCGGCGAACUUCCAGUUGAUCUUGUGGAGCCGAAUGGCGAGGCGUACUUGGCUCUCAAAGUGCUGGAAGCAUCCAGCAAACCCUGUCCCCCUCCUCAACGGUUUAAGCCCCUGUACAUUCCUGAUAUCAGCAAAGGGAGAGAAGUACACGCAGUGUCUUGUUAUAAUGAUGUUGAUGGUGAACUGCCACCCGCUGACUUCGUGUAUGUGGCACAAAAUGUAGAGACGAGAAUUGACACGUCGAUCAAAAGAGCGAUCAUGACUAUGGAUUGUUGCCGGUGUGAUUCUGCUUUGAGUGCCUGCUGUACGUCAGCACGCAGCUGCUGUUGUGUAGAGCGCAACCCAAGGCAAAUGUCCUGGUACACCAAGGAUGGCUUGAUCGACCUUGAUAUCUUCAAAAUCAAGGAACCAGUCCUGUAUGAUAUGUUAUGUAAUUGUCGUAUGGAUUGUCCCAAUCGACUUGUUCAGCAUGGCACAAAAUAUCAGCUUCAACUUUACAAAACGGAAAAGAUGGGCUGGGGUGUGCGCACGGCGAAACGGAUACCCAGAGGCAGUUUUGUAUGCGAAUACGUUGGUGAAUUGAUCUCAGAUGAUGAUGCUGAGGAGCGUGGUAAUGAUUCGUAUAUAUUUGAUAUUGGCUUGGAGAGCAGCGACGACAUGUGGUGUGUGGAUGCAUGCCGAUAUGGUAACAUUGCACGUUUCAUCAAUCAUAGCUGCGAGCCCAACAUCAAACCGAUCCGUGUCUUUGCACAACAUCAGGAUCAUAGAUUUCCGCACAUGGCUUUGUUUUCGACUGACGACGUUGAGUCCGGUGCUCAAAUAUGUUUUGACUAUGGGGCCAACUUUUGGAAAGUGAAAGGUCGGCACUUUUCUUGUGAGUGCGGUACGCCGUCGUGUAGCUACAAGCGCAAGAAGCGGUGAUAGCGUAAGCACAUCGUGCUGCUCCUCAUCGCUGCCCCGUCUUGUUAUCUUGACCUUUUCUUUUUCCUUCUUCAUUUGCAGUCUUGACUUCUUCUUCUUUGUCCUUCUUCAUUUCCUAUUAAUAAUUUAUUCCGAACAUUGUUCUUCCCCGCUUCACUGUAUCGCUGUGCAUACGAGUUUUUUUCUCGUCCAUUCACUUGAGUGUUUUCACGUCUAGAGGUUUUCUUUGAGCAAUCCUCCUCCCCCGCUGUUUGUUAUCGUUUCAUUUAGCUUCUAGUUGUUCAUCUGUGGACGAGCCCUGGUUUUGUGACCCUGUUUUUUGUCUGUUUCUUCUCUCUUUUUGAUGGGUGGUUUUCAUCCCAGAGAUUCUUGCGGUCACAUGUUGAUUUUCUUUGCUUGUCCCCAUGUUUCCAUAUCACUAGCUCUCUCUCUCUCUCUCUCUCUCUCUCUCUCUCUCUCUCUCUCUCUCUCUCUCUCUCUCUCUCUCUCUCUCUCUCUCUCUCUCUCUCUCUCUCUCUCUCUCUCUCUCUCUCUCUCUCUCUCUCUCUCUCUCUCUCUCUCUCUUCUUUCGUGACUCAUUACUGCUGCUUGUGUUCGUGCUUGAUUAGUCGGUCUUCAAUGACUGGAUGCUGGCGCUUAUCUCAAGGGCCUUAUAUGCAAUUGAAGGCAGUUCUAUUUACGUGUC